AUGGCUAGUAAAUAUGAAGGAUCGAAAACUGUGAGUGAAGACGAGAACACUACAUCCAAAGAUAUGACGCUUGCCGACAAAUUAAUUAAUAUACCACUGUCAAUACCUUCUGGUGAUCAUAAACUUCAACAUCAGUAUUGGUUUUGGUUUAGUCGAAGAUUUCCUGGUAAACCAGGAAACACCCCAAGUUAUGAUCAAAACCUAAAAUAUCUAGCAAGGUUUGGUUCAGUUGAACAAUUUUGGACAAUUUAUAGCCAUAUGGUAAGGCCGUGUGCCUUGCAAUCACACAGUGAAUUCCAUUUAUUUAAAGUCGGAAUCAAACCAAUGUGGGAGGAUGAAUCAAAUGCCCGGGGAGGAAAAUGGGUUUUACGAAUACGUAAAGGCCUAGCCUCCAGGUGCUGGGAGAAUCUUAUUUUAGCAAUGUUAGGCGAACAGUUUAUGGUGGGUGAUGAGAUAUGCGGAGCUGUUGUUUCUUUGAGAUUUCAAGAAGAUAUAAUAUCAAUUUGGAACAAGACUUCAUAUGACCAAGGGGCUACUAACAGAAUAAGAGAUACACUACGCAGAGUAUUAAAUUUGCCACCCAAUACAAUUCUAGAAUAUAAAACACAUAAUGAAAGUAUCAAAUCGGUAUCUAGUGUUUAUAAGAUGUAA